AUGGCUAUUAUCGAAGGGUGGUUACCACCCACGCGGGAGAACUACGACCUGAUCCUCAAAGUCUGGCAGAUAUCUUACCCAAUUAUUGGUUCAAUGCAAUGGCUUACCAGUUGGUAUGGCAUGGGCAAAACCUCAGUCACAAGCCGUCUUAACCUCCCCGGCCGCAUUGGCUGGUUGACCAUGGAGGCACCUGGGUUUCUGACGCUGCUGUACCUGAUGAAAGUUCUUCCUGAGCAGCAUGGAAUCGACGAUCUUCCGUGGCAGAAUAAAGUGCUUGCGGGUCUGUUUGUGAUUCACUAUUCGUACCGCGCUGUCAUGUUUCCGUAUCUUCAGCCUUCCAUGUCACCGGUGCACAUUGCUGUGUGGCUGCUCGGCUUGAGUUUUCAGAUUUGCAACGCAACAUGUAUUGGAUCAUGGCUCGCAGCCUACGGACCUACCACUGAAGCAGCAUGGUCAACACAAUCAUCCAUAUUGCAAUUCUCAUCAGGUAUUCUAAUCUUCUAUCUCGGUCUAUCCGGCAACUUCUUCCACGACGAGGAACUACGAGACAUCCGCCGGCGCGAGGCCCAGCGGCAAGAGCGCGCCAAGCUGGACGGCCACGCGAGCAGCAAGGGCGUGGAGAAGCACUACCAGAUUCCGCAGGCGGGACUGUUCCGGUACGUGCUGUACCCUCACUACCUGUGCGAGUGGGUAGAGUGGGCAGGGUUCUGGAUGGCGGCGGGCUGGGGAUGCGCGCCUGCGAGGGCGUUUCUGGUGAACGAGAUGUUCGCCAUGUUCCCGAGGGCUGUCAGGGGACGGAGGUGGUACUUGGAGAGAUUUGGAGAGGACAAGGUUGGGAGGAGGUGGGCUGUUAUUCCGGGGGUUUGGUGA